GAUUAUAAUUUACUAGGUGUUAUACGGGGUACUCCUUUUUUUCGAACCUUUUUCCAGCUUCGUACAGAUAGAUGUCCAAACAUUGAAAUAUUGAGUAUCAUUUAUUGUCGGGACCGGACGUGGCCAAUGAAAAGCAUUGAAAGCUUCGAAAGUGGCUCUGUCGUAUACCUUCUAAUCUUCUUCAAGUAAAGCUUAAACGCCAGGUUGUGCACACCUGGUUAAUCGAUCGACAGGCCAUCACAAAACUGCAAACCUCAAGAAAGUGGACUUUACUCACGAGUCACUACACUGUGUUCGUGUUGCAUUGACUCUUUUUUGCUUUUACAAAUCAACCACCAUUCAAUAUCACAGAACGUCGACAACUUCAACGUUUUACAUCCUCUGUCCACUCAACACUACCGCCAUCCCCUCCUUGAUAUGUACAAAGGGAAAACGAACUUGAAUGCCUCUAAUACCAAAGUAAAUAUGGCGCCGGGAAUGGGGAUCAAAGCCCCUGUCCCUCGAACAAGAACAGGUUGCUUAACAUGUCGGGCAAGGAAAGUGAAAUGUGAUGAAGGGAAACCAGACUGCGGUCGAUGUAUUCGCCUUCAACGCGAUUGUAAAUGGAGUACACCUCCGGCUCACAUGCUCGCCACGACAUCCCAUGGUCAUGGAAUGUCCAGCACCAGCUCAUUGCCCACCACUCAACAACUUGCGCUGGGUAAAACACGUAUUCCCAAAGAUUCUUUCGUUAUUGAAUUCCCCAAUAUUGAUAAAACGACCAUGCCCUACAUUCACCAUUUUGUGGGGUUUUGUACCAGGUUCUUGGCAUAUGCAAAUGAUGAUGAAGGGAACCCUUUCAAGGAAGAGUUGGUACCAUUUGUGACGACCAGCCCGGCUUUAUUACAUAGUAUUAUCGCACUGGCAGCGGGCCAUAUGAGUAGGACUGACAAGCAGCAUGAGGUUAAGGCUACCAAACAUUAUUCCAUGGCUUUGAGGGAACUUAACACAGCACUAUGUGACAAUUCAGUUGCGAAACAAAAUGCCACACUAGGUGCUUGUCUGUUACUAUGUGUUUAUGAGAUAUCACAUUCGGAUAGAGGAUUAUGGUUGGAGCAUCUUAAAGGAGCGCGAGAUCUUAUCUUGCAUCGAGGAGGUCCUAAAACUUCGGAUUUCCUCACGAGAUUCUUUGCACUACUUGAUGUUUCUGGUUCUCUAUGGGCAGGACAGGGUCCGCUAUUGCCUGGAAAUUAUUGGCUUGAAGAUGCCCCGUCGCUAUCUACAAGUCCAAAACAAAUCGGCGAUUCAUCUUCACCAGCAGAACCAGCUUUGAAUUGGCCAUAUUAUGACCCGGGCGGUGUUAUGACAGGAGAAUUCCAUGUGUUUAUGAUAUUUAUGGCCAAGUUAUCUCGUCUAUCCAGUCGUUCCCUCGUCGAAAAAUCAGUCGAAGAACAAAUCAUGAUCAAGCAAGAAGCCCUUGGAAUCCAACAUGAAGUUCAGAUGUGGUGGCAAAAUUGCCCGUCUAUGCUCCGGGAUCUUUCCAAUGAUUGGCGACGACAACCACGCGAUACUAAACUCACCGUCGCGGAAACUCUGGAAGCUGAAGCAUUCUCCAGUACAAAAGCUUGCAUGUACGGAUGCAUUCUUUUCAUUCAUCAUAUUAUUAAUCCGGUUGGUGAAGAACCACCAUCUCCGGAAGUUUUGGAGGCAAUCACACAGGUUCUAGAUAUUGCUGCUGAGACGCCAGAGGGUUAUGGAUUGGAGAUGGGUUUGUAUUAUGGAUUGUUUGCGGCCGGAGCAAGUAUCUUUAACGAUUGGGCAGUGGAGGAUACGGUUAGGAAGAAGUUGAAGGCUGAUACUAGGAUUGCACUUUAUCAUGCUGAUCGAGCCUUGGAAUUACUUGAAAUCCUUUGGAGGAGGCAGCAUCAAUAUGAACGCAAAUUUGAUUGGAGAGAAGUUCAACAGCAGAUGGGAAUUCACAUAUUUAUUCUUGCUUGAUGAUGUAUUUCUUGAGGUAUAUAAUUUUUGAAGACGAUCCCACGACGAAAAUUCGAAGUUCGAAACAAAAAUGUUCGAACUCCGGAAGGGCCGGAGUUCGCCACCAAACGGAAGACAAAGUGGUCCGGCUUGUUUCGGGUAUGCAACAGAAGUGACUAAAGUCAUGGAUAUUGCAUUGGUGUGAAAAUCAUGCACAUACGCAGGGACUUGGGUGAGCAUGAAUCAUGCUUGUAUUCGGAUUGUCCAAUUGAACCCUUGGAGUAUUUGAUAGGUUUACUUUCA